CGCGCCCAGCCCCGCGGGCUCGCAGCCGCGCUCCGCCGCCGCCCCCGACUCCCCCAGCGGCCCGCAGCCGGAAAGCGAGCCUGGCGACCCGUACAACUUCCUGCACUCGCCAUGCCGGCCCUGCUGUUCCUCGGGACCCUGGUGCUCCUGGCCUCCGCCUCCGGUCAGGCCGGGGCGCGCCCGUCCAACGCCACGGGCGCCCAGCCGCCGGGCCCGCUGCCCGCGCUGCUGGCGCACCUGCGACGCCUGACCGGGGCGCUGACAGGUGGCGGCGGGGCCGCAGCCGCGACGGGUGCCAAUGGCACGAGGAGCAGCCCCGCGGGCGGCCCCGGUGCAGCGGCCCGUGCCCCGCCUCCGGCCGAGCUGUGCCACGGCUACUACGACGUCAUGGGCCAGUACGACGCCACCUUCAACUGUAGCACCGGCUCCUACCGCUUCUGCUGUGGCACCUGCCACUACCGCUUCUGCUGCGAGCAUCGCCACAUGCGCCUGGCGCAGGCCUCCUGCUCGAACUACGACACGCCGCGCUGGGCCACCACGCCGCCGCCGCUAGCCGGGGGCGCCGGGGGCGUUGGGGGUGCGGGCGGGGGACUGGGGCCCGGCCAGGCUGGGUGGCUGGAAGGGGGCAGGACGGGGGGCGCCGGGGUGCGUGGGGGUGAGGGCCCCGGGGGCAGCACCGCCUACGUGGUGUGCGGGGUCAUCAGCUUCGCCCUGGCCGUGGGCGUUGGCGCCAAAGUGGCCUUCAGCAAGGCGUCGCGCGCACCCAGGGCGCACCGGGAGAUCAACGUGCCCAGAGUCCUGGCUCAAUGCUCACAAAACGUUAGCGGCGGAGUCAGUAAGCCCACCAACAGGGCUCUGGUGGACAUCCUGAGGCACCAGGCGGGGCCUGGGACCCGCCCAGACCGGGCCCGAAGCAGCUCCCUGACCCCGGGGAUCGGGGUUCCUGACAGCAUGCCCCCCAGGACGCCCAAGAACCUCUACAACACCGUGAAACCCUCCGACCUCGACUGGCGGGCCAUGCCCCCACCCAGCCCCUCCUUGCACUACUCCACACUGUCCUGCUCGCGGUCCUUCCACAACCUGUCGCACCUGCCCCCGUCCUACGAGGCAGCCGUGAAGUCGGAGCUGAGCCGGUACUCCUCCCUCAAGAGGCUGGCCGAGAAGGACCUGGACGAGGCCUACCUGAAGCGCAGGCACCUGGCUGAGAUGCCCCGCGGGACGCUGCCGCUACACGCACUGCGGCGGCCGGGCACCGGGGGCGGCUACCGCACGGACGCCUGGGGCGGCCCGGAGGAGCUGGGCCUGGCACCCGCGCCCAACCCGCGGCGGGUCAUGUCCCAGGAACAUCUGCUGGGCGACGGCCGCGCCUCGCGCUACGAGUUCACACUGCCGCGCGCGCGCCUCGUGUCGCAGGAGCACCUGCUGCUGUCGUCGCCCGAGGCCCUGCGCCAGAGUCGCGAACACCUGCUGUCGCCUCCGCGGAGCCCCGCGCUGCCCCCUGAGCCCACCACCCGAGCCAGCCUGGCCGCCUCGCACACCAACCUGCUUCUGGGGCCUGGGGGGCCCCCCACGCCGCUUCACGGGCUGCCGCCGCCGGGCCUGCACGCUCACCACCAUCACGCCCUGCACGGCUCGCCUCAGCCCGCCUGGAUGGCGGAUGCCGGCGGGGGCGGGGGCACGCUGGCCCGCAGGCCGCCCUUCCAGCGCCAAGGCACGCUGGAGCAGCUGCAGUUUAUCCCUGGCCACCACCUGCCCCAGCACCUGCGCACCGCCAGCAAGAACGAGGUGACGGUCUGAGGCCCGGCGGGGACUAGGGGCUGCGGCCUCCCGGGCGCCCAUCCCCGGAAACCCAGAACUCGGGCACUCACGACCCAG